AUGGAAUCUCUCAUUCAAUCAGCUUAUAAGUCAGUUUCAUCAGUCUUAACAUCAUCAAAAUCAGAUGUUCGGCUCGCUUGUGCCGUUAAAGAAAAGAGCACACAGAUACAGAAAGGGCCUCUCUCUGUUUAUGUAAUUCCCCUUAAAGAGGAACAGAUCAACAUUCCUGGGUGCAAGCGUUUCAGUUUUGGGAAAGAGUCCACUAAACAUAAUCGUACCAUAAUGGUUCUUGGAGCAACUGGGGCUGGGAAGUCAACUCUGAUCAAUGGAAUGAUCAAUUACAUUUUAGGUGUCACAUGGGAUGAUUCAUUUCGGUUUAAGUUAGUUGAUGAGGGUCAGUCCAAAUCACAAGCUCACAGUCAGACUUCUGAGGUCACAGCGUACAAAAUCAACCACCAAGAAGGCUUUAAAAUCGAUCACUCUCUGACUAUUGUGGACACUCCAGGCUUUGGAGAUACAAGAGGCAUAGAAAGAGACAGAAUGAUCACAGAGCAGCUACGUAAUCUCUUCUCUGCUGAGCUUGGUGUCAGUGAAAUUGAUGCCAUCUGUUUUGUAGCUCAAGCUUCAUUAGCACGACUCACACCAUCACAGAAGUAUGUGUUUGAUUCUGUGCUUUCAAUCUUUGGGAAAGAUGUGGCAGAAAACAUCAGGGUUCUGGUGACAUUCGCAGACGGCCAACGUCCACCAGUUCUAGAGGCAAUCAAUGCUUCAGGUGUCCCAUGUCCUAAAACAAAAGGAGGGCUGCCAAUUCACUUCAAAUUCAAUAACUCUGCCUUAUUUGCAGACAACAAAUCAUCUGCAGCAAACAGCAAUGAUGACGAUGACGAAGAAGGAGGCUUUGAUCAGAUGUUUUGGGACAUGGGAGCAAGAAGUAUGAAGAGGUUUUUUGCUGCUUUGAAUGACAUAGAAACCAAAAGCUUGACAAUGACGAAGGAGGUCCUCAGAGAAAGAAAGCAGCUUGAGAUUUCAGUUGAAAAUUUACAGAAGCAGGUUAAAGUUGGGUUAGCCAAGCUUGAAGAGAUAAAAGAGACGACUGAAAAACUGAAAGAGCAUGAGGCAGAGAUCAGCAGAAAUGAGAAUUUUGAGAUUGAAGUCACCUUCAAAAAGCCUGUUCAAGAAGAUAUUUCUGGUUCUGGAAAUUACAUCACCAAUUGUCAGCAGUGUCACUAUACCUGCCACUAUCCUUGUGCCAUUCCAAGUGAUGCAGAUAAAAGAGGCUGUGGUGCAAUGGGACCAGAUGGAAACUGUAUUCAGUGCCCCGGCAAAUGUUACUGGAAAGAACAUUUUAAUCAGAGGUACAGAUGGGAGUAUAAGGAUGUUACAGAAAAACAAACACUGAAAGAGCUGAAAGAAAAGUACCUAAAAGCUGCAGAGGCUGAGAUGUCUGUUCAGGCUGUGAUUGAUAAACUGAAGGCUGAAUAUGAUCAUGUGCAGGUGGAGGUGGUGACAUUGAUGGAGAGGUCUGGAAAGUGUUUAAACAGACUCAAAGAGAUAGCACUGAGGCCAAAUCCUCUCUCCACUCCAGAGUACAUUGACAUGCUUAUUGAGGGAGAGAAAUCUGAGGCCAAGUUAGGAUGGAAUCAACGAGUUCAGUCCCUGAUGGCCAUGAGAGAAAAAGCAGAGUGCCUGGCUAAAGUAGAGAGAGGAGAGAAACCCCUCUAG